AUGGCUUCAUGGGGUAUUUUUGACUGGGACAACACUUUGCGUCAGGCUUUGGCUGGUAGUCUGCAUUCCUGUGAGCAGCAUUUUUAUCCGCGCUGGCGAGACUAUGAGACCGUGCAGGCCGCAUCUCACUAUACUUUGGAUGAGGAACAGUAUCGUCGCGACUGGGAUAGUCUGCUAACUUCCGCCUCACAGCCACGUAUGCAGAAAAUUUUUUCAUUUUGCACACUUAUCCUAUCAAUUAAUAUUCGCACGAUUCACUUCCGCCUUCCCAAUGGCUUAUUUUCAACAUAA